AUGAAAUCAGGUGCGCGCGCGGCACAAACGACGGCGUUUGCGCCGUUCCCAACCAAUCUUGAUAUCCGCGACUUUGUCAAUUCAAAAGAGAACAUUGUAUUCGCAACCCGCAUAACCUGCGAUUCUGUCGACGAGUAUCCGCUAGAAGACCUUGAGAAUCUGAUCAACACCCAUGUCAUUCGACUCGGAAAACCUCUGGUCAUUGAAGGGUUCGAGGACCGUCUCAACCAGAACUUAUUUUCGGCGGAUUGGCUGCGGAGGGAAAAGGGAGGCCAAAGAGAAGAUUGCCGAGAUCUGGUUACCCAACAAAACAAAAAGUUCUCGAUCGCACAUUAUUUGAACAGCAUGUCCACGCUCACCGAAGGCAACGUGGGUUCAAGACGGGAUCUCCAGAGGAUCUAUCUCAAGGAUGUUGACUGCCCCGACGAAUGGCACAAAUCGCUGGAAACGAUCAUCCCGCCCUUCCUCUUCUAUUUCAACGACUCUCCCAAAUCUUACGCUGGCCCAGGCUCAAAAUACACCGAUUUGCCACCCUUACCUCGAACUAAAGACAAUAAGCCCAUUGCGAAGGCUGGGGAUCUCAUGAGUAGCUUGCCCGAAGAGAUGCGCGCAAAGAAUCUUAUGUGCUACAUUGGUCAUGAAGGAACCUACACUGCAGCACACCAGGAAAUGUGCGGUACCCUGAGCCAAAAUCUCAUGGUGGAAGCAUCGGACGGUACUCCCGAGGGUGGUAAGACGAUGAGACCAGGAACCUCGAUCUGGCUAAUGACGGAGACCCAUGAGCGGCCCAUUGUAUCUGAGUACUGGAAGUCGGUUCUCGGCCACGAUCUGGACCUUGAAACCCACUUCGCAAAGCUCGAGUCCUGGAAGAAUGCCCCAUUCACAACAUAUGUGGUUGAGCAAACACCCGGAGAUCUCGUUAUCGUCCCUCCCCUUUCCGUGCAGCAGAUAUGGAACCGGGGCACUAGAACAAUGAAGGUCGCAUGGAAUAGAACGACCGUUGAGACCCUACGUUGGGCGUUGGAUGAGGAGCUUUCCCGUGCGCGAGCGAUUUGCCGGGAAGAGUCAUACAAGAACAAGGCGAUCAUCUAUUACAGCCUGGAAAAAUAUUCCAAGCUGCUCGAGCAAGACCCGGAACAAAACCACCCAAGCGUGAACACACUCUGGGACGACUUUGAAUAUUUGUUCAAGAUGUUCACCGACAUUCUCUUGUCUGAAAGUUUCUCAGCAGAGUCGUCGACGAAGAAAGUAGAAUACCUGGAGUUCACUAGCGAUGUGACUUGUUCCUAUUGUCGCUGUAAUAUCUUCAACCGCUUUCUGACCUGUGGGGGAUGUGUUGAUGGUGAGGAGGCCUAUGAUAUCUGCAUGGAUUGUUAUGUUUUCGGUCGAAGCUGCAAAUGUAUUUCCAAACUGAAAUGGGUUGAACAGUUCCGUUGGAAAGACCUCGAAGCCCGCCAUGAAAAGUGGCGACUCCAAGUCAUGAGCCACAUUGCAAAGGAGGGAUACGGGAUGGAUCAUCCUGUCCUUUCCGCUGUUCGGGCUUCGGUGACUCGAAAGUCUGUGGCGGAGAUUUGCCAAGAGCAACUCCGUGUGCGCCCCUGGGUCGAUUGCAACAAAGAGGUGAAACCAGCGACCCCCAGUGACUCUGAGUCGGAAGAGAUCCACGGGCGUCGAACAAAGCGUCGCAAGACCAACAACAACCAGGCCAAGGACAAGAGAGUCAAAAAGAAGCCCGGUGAGAUGGGACGCUGCCACACUUGCAAAUAUCGACCUAUCUGGACGCUGAAACCUUGUUCAACCUGCGACUCACAGUACUGUUAUGGCUGUCUUUUCCGUCUCUUUGACCUGCCACCAGAGCAGGCAAUGCAAUUUCCCGUUUGGGAAUGCCCCAAAUGUAAGAAGAUCUGCAGCUGUUCCGGCUGUAACAAGAAAGCGAACAUGAUGGAGCCAUACAUCCCCCAAGAGAUAUUGCUUGGACACGACACACUCAAGGUUGCGGAUGAACGAAGUGUCGAGUCGCUCGUUGAUCUUCGUCAGUCGAAUGUCGGAUGGAUGAAGAAGUUCCAGCGCACGAAGCCCCAUUUUCGCGAACGACGUUUCGACAAGCUCAUGCGCGACGCUGAUGAGGUGCGCAAGGCCUUAGAUGAGACCAGGACUGUCGUCGUUGAGCAGGUCAUCGCCGAACAGAACGGACUUCAUUUCGACGAUGCACUGGCUGACAUUGCCCAGGAGGUCUACGAGCCAAUCAAUCUGUCCGUGGACCCCUCGCUGCGCCUCGAUGACACUUUCAUAGCGACCCUCGACCCUGCUCUGAGCUACGUGUGA